GCUCCCCUUGUGCCAAUGAGUGAUGUGAUCCAUCCUUUUAGCAUAUGUGACAUCACACGCCUGGGCUCAAUAAGAGGGGACCUUGACCAUAAUUCGGGACCAUUCUGCCUUGGGGCUUCAGCUUCUCUCUUUUUGAUUAAAGUUGUCCUCAGUAACAACAUGUCAGGCCUGGUGCCAGUGCUCAUCAUUGGAGGAUCUGGUGGCAGUUCCUUUUGUUUCGACGGUCGGUAUAAUGGAGCCACACUGAAAAAAAUAUGGGUGUGGGUUGGAGGGUGGCAGGUGAAGGCUAUCGAGAUCUGGCUGACUGAUGGUGAAAACCAACUGUUUGGACAGCCUGAAGGGGAGUACUAUGAAUUUAAGUUUAAAGAUGGAGAGUACAUUUCAUCACUCUCACUGUGGGGAAAUGGCGCUGGAACCCGUCUUGGUGCUAUUAAGUUUGAGACAAGUCACUCAAACAAAUUCUUCGUAUACAUGACCAGUUGGGGACUGAAAACGGAGUACCCGGUAAACGUUGGCUCUGGAAUCUGCUUGGGAGUUAUGGGCAGAUCAGGUGCCGAUAUUGACAGUUUAGGGUUUAUCUUCAUCAACGACAUCAAGUCUUCUGUGCUGACCAAUGUCAACUAUCCCACCCUCCAUCAAGUCACCCCCCAGAUAGCUACAGAAGAAAUCAAGUCUCUAACCUACACGAACAACUCUGAUCUCACUCAGUCGUUUUCAGUCGAAACCUCUAAAACCCUAUUUAAAAAAUCCUCAUGGUCUGUGACUAACAAAUUGGAACAAAACUUUAAUAUACAAGUUAAAGCAGGAAUUCCAAACAUUGUUGAGUUUUCUGCUGGGUUCAGCCUCACAAUGGGAGUGGAAAAUAGGUAUGAAUUAGAGAAUUCAGAGGAAAAGAAGGAGACCUUCACUUUUAAAGUUGAAAUCCUUCCGAGAAAAACAGCUCUUGUUCACAUCUCUAUUGGCAGAGCCACAGUGGAUCUCCCCUACACUGGUAUAGUGGAGGUUACCUGCAAAAAUGGAGAUGUUCUCAGGUUUAACACCAGCGGUACCUACAAUGGUAUCCUUUACACUAAUUCUAAAGCAACUGUGACUCAAAAAUGAACCAGUCAAAAAACAUUCAAACAAUCAAAAGUCUAUCUGGCUUUUGUGCAGUAAAGGAGGGGGACGCAAUAAAUUGUUUAGCAAUAAAUUCCCUAUUGUAUAUCUUUUUAUUUUGUUAGGAUGAUUUAAACUGCGUUUAUUUUAUUUGGCGAGAUACAUUCUGUGAGUCAGAUGCUCACACACUAAUGAAAAGACUGAACAUCGACAGAAAACUAAUAAAACCUUCCUGUCACCAUUAGAAAACUAUAAAACAUAAAACUAAUAUAAUAUGUACUUGGUCUGUUGAAUUACCAUCACUGUAGCUUAAAUCGUAAAGAAUCCUUUACAGUUUAAAUGAUGUCUGUAGCUUGAAGUAUAAUGUUGCUGUUAAUGCUUGAAGUUAUUUAGGCUAAAAUAGGUCAAGGUAUACUGUAAGUUUCUCUAUUCAUUUCCUUUAAAUUACCUGUUCUCAAAGGUGAAUAUUUGAAUGGUUUGAAGAUCUGCUGGACUACUGUGACUGAUUGUCUCUCUGAGAACACUGCUCAGCAUUCACAGUAUUAUAUUUUACUGUAACUCACAUGCAUGAAAAGUUUUAAAAUGU